AAAGUCGUUCAGUGUUGUGCUCGAAGUGCCAUGAUUUGUAAAUCUUUGACCUUGAACAACAUUGGUGUGCUUCGGAUUUGGAUACUAUCAAUUCAAGAACAAGGUGAGAAAGUAGUUAAUCCAUCUUGGUCCUCGUUGUGACGUGAAUUUGUCGAUUAUAGAGCAGAAAAAUGACAUUAUUUUCGUGCCCAUUUUAGUUGUUACCGGUGAAUUCAUAGGUAUUAACAAAUUUUCUGUCGAACAACUUGAAGUCGAAAUUAGUAGCGAGAGUGUCACUUCGAUGUAGAAUCUCUGUUAUUGUGCCUUUCAACCUCGCUUGGGAAUUUCAAAUUACGAAAUUUUGUUGUUACUCGUUUCUCAUUGUUGACCAUCGUUCUUUCUUUCAUCUGGUUGAUUCCAUAACAUCGUCAUUCUAGUAGGCACUCAAUUACAUCCGUUUUUGAUGAUUCAUCAUAGCCAGAACUUCAUUCAUCGUUGCUUGUUUCUAAGUACAUGAAUCGUUCACAUCUUGAGCGUUCUAAAAGAAGAAGAAGAUUUAACUGGAAAGAGAAAAGGUAGGAGAUUUCGUUUUUGAUUUUUGGAGGUUUUUGGUGAUUUUAUUCAUCUACUUGGAAAAUCAAUUACAAUUAGGGACUCAACAUAGGGAUGGACCUUUAGGAAGUACCACCAGAAAUUGAAUUCAUCGUAUUUCCAGUGCAAGGUCUGCAGGCAGGGAUUAUCUCUGCCCGCAAGCUCGUGUGGCGGAUUGCUUAUAGGAAUGAAAAGAUUGGUCUAGUAUGGACCAUUCGUAUCCUUGUACUACUACUAGGAGCCAUUAGAAAAAGAUCUGCUGAUGUAUUGUAUCAUAUCUGAAACUAUAGCAAAACUAAGGAGCUAUAUAAAGACCAAUAAGAUAUGACCGCAAAAAGCACCUGGAGGUACUUAGAUAUAACAAGAACUACUACAACAGAACUGAAGGGCAACUAGAAUCAUCCACUUAGAUUGCUAUGAUCCCGCUCGUGUAUAAUGAAAAUCGGAGUAGCAGUGUUCCUUUCAGACUAGCCAUCUGGUGUGGUUCCUCAGGGUGAGGAUGCGAUGGGAACCCGAGACACUCGGUACCACUAGACAACGACGCACAUGGGCACUCUUCACCAGGGAGCACAUCUGACAAGAUGCGUCAGAAAUGUUGGCGAACGCGGCGGCCAUUAUUGGCGAUCUUUUAGAAUUAACGGCCCUACCUUUCAAAACUCGUGGCCCUACCUUUCAAAAUUCACGCUCUAACAAACUUGCAAAAUUCACGCCCUAACUUUCAAAAUUCAUGCCCUAACUUUCAAAAUUCACGGCCUAACUUUCACAAUUCAGGCCCUAGCUUUUGCCAUUCAUGCGCUAACUUUCAAAAUUCAUGCGCUAACUUUCAAAAUUCAUGAGCAUAACAAGACGCUGCGCGUUUUUGCAGUGUUGUCGCAGCAUUCGCCUACUUUCAAAAUUCAAAAGCUAGAGCCAAAACUUAAAGUCAAAAUUUAAAAUCGAAAUUCAAACUAUUAAAUUUAAAACUCAGAACCUAAAGUCAAAAUUCAAAAUCAACACUCGAAACUCAAAAUUAGAAACUCAAAAUUCGAAACUCAAAAUUCGAAACUCAAAAUUAGAAACUCAAAAUUCGAAACUUAAAAUUUAAAGUCAAAAUUUAGAGUCAAAACUUAAUGUCAAAACUUAAAGUCAAAAUUUAGAGUCAAAAUUCAAAAUCUCAAGAAUGUGUACACUACUACUACUAAGUCAGAACUUUGAAUCAGAAAUCAAAUCCGAAAUCUUGAAUAUGAG